AUGGGGCAAAGUACAAGCACCGUUACAUUAAGGGUCGGUGCUACCGAGUAUAAUCAAACAGCAAAUGAACCAGUUACUCUAGCGGAGAUACAUAUUCAUCCCCUGUAUAGCUUUACAAAGCCAGACUACGAUAUAAGCAUUCUCCAUCUGAAUAAACAUCUUGUUUUUGGAGAAAAAAUUGCUGCAAUUGCUUUACCACCACCCAAUGUUGUUUUACCUGCGGGAACAUUGGCUACCGUUUCCGGUUGGGGUCGUUUGGUCUAUCAAGGUGAUAAUCCACCAGAACUACACGAAGUAACUGUUCCAAUUGUUAGUAAUGAACAAUGUGCUCUUAGUUACGCUAACCACCACGCCAUAGAGUAUGUUACUGAUACAGUUUUAUGUGCUGGUUAUGAAGAAGGAGGAAAAGGCACUUGUAAUGGUGAUUCUGGAGGACCACUGACAGUGGAUGGUGUACUGUAUGGAUUGGCUUCUACCAGUUGGGUUUGUGCUGAAACCGAGUUGCCGGGAACCUAUGUCAACGUUUCAAGUGUACGCUCCUACAUCGCAUUGGUUACAGGACUUUGACUGCUUCGAUUUGAUAACGUACUUUUAAAUGUAAACCAUCAUAAACAAUAAAAAACGAGUA